CCCAGACAGCAAGCUGCAGUUGCUGUUUUUCCGUUCAGCGCUGGACACAAACACCUAGGCUCUUUCAAAAGAAGUUUGUCCUGGUUUCCAAUUAGAAGCUUCCCAAUUCAGUUUUUUAAAAUGACCAGUGGAGAUUUGCCUUUCCAAUAUGACAUUGGAAGAAGAAGGAAUUAUGAAGGGCGUGGCCGGGAAGUGCAAAUUCAGAACAUCAAAGCAUAUGUUUGUCAACCUGCUUCUGAUACAAACACAGCUGUGAUUUUGGUUCAUGACAUAUUUGGGUGGCAAUUUCAAGACACAAGAUAUGUUGCUGAUAUAAUUGCUUCUAAUGGAUACACAACCAUCUGCCCAGAUUUUUUUCUGGGAAAGGUACCUUGGACACCUAAUGAUCAUUGGCAGAAUUUUGCAGACUGGUUAAAGGAUCGAGAUCCCAUGAAAGUGGACAAGACAGUCAAUACGGUCUUGAAAUAUUUAAAAGAGCAGUAUAAUGCAAUCAGGAUCGGUAUUGUUGGAUUUUCCUGGGGUGGAAUGGCUGUACAUCACGUGAUGCUAACAAAUCCUGAAUUAAAGGCUGGAGUCUCCCUCUACGUCGUGGGCAAAGACAAAGGCACAGAGACUCCGUCAGUCCAAACAGCUUUUAUUCGGCUCCAGUACAACAAGGAAGAACCCGAGCCCCAGCAGCCCCUUUUAAAUAGGAGCUGUCCUCGGCUUCAGCUAAUCUCUUUGCUGGAGGAAAAACUUGCAGAAUUUUGUAAAGUAGACUAUAAAAUUAAAGUAUAUCCUGGACAAGUUCAUGGUUUUGCACAGUGUAAGCCUGAAGACACGAAGCCGAAAGAUGUGCCAUACACCGAAGAAGCAAGAAUGGAUUUAAUAGAAUGGCUGAACAAAUACAUUAGGUUUUAA